AUGGCGCACGAUAGCGACCUCCCCUGCGACGGCGACGGCAUUUGCAUGGUCUGCAAGAAGAAGCCUUCGGUGGACGAGACCCUCGUGUGCAAGACAUGUACCACUCCCUGGCACGUCGACUGCCUCUCUGUUGGUCCCAAAACCAUCGCCGAGACAUUACAGUGGGAGUGCCCGGACUGCUCGUUCGUCGCCGAUGAAAAUACGGCGCCAUCCAUUGUCACCGGCGGAUCUGAAGCGUCAGGUGACUUGAUUGCGGCGAUUCGUGCCAUUGAGUCGGACCAGACGCUUACUGAGCCAGAGAAGGCCAAGAGACGACAAGAUCUCCUGAGCGGAGGCGCCAAAUCCAAUGAUACUGAAGAGGCUAAUCACAAGAAGGAGAAGAAUAACGAUGUCCUAGAUCUUCUCGAUGAAAGUCUGAAUUGCUCGUUUUGCAUGCAGCUCCCGGAGAGGCCUGUCACGACACCGUGUGGCCACAAUUUCUGCCUCAAGUGCUUCCAGAAAUGGGUUGGACAGGGGAAACGGACUUGUGCAAAUUGCCGCAAUGCAAUCCCACAAAAGAUGGCAAGCCAGCCUCGAAUCAACUCCGCCCUUGUCAUUGCCAUCCGAAUGGCCAAGAUGUCAAAAUCUAAUGCUUCAUUUGGGGCAGCCAAGGUCUACCAUUUUGUUCAUAACCAAGACCGACCUGACAAAGCGUACACCACUGAGCGUGCAAAGAGAGCUGGAAAGUCGAAUGCCUGUAGUGGAAAGAUAUUUGUCACUGUCCCUCCAGAUCAUUUUGGACCAAUUUUGGCAGAGAAUGACCCAGGUAGAAACCAGGGUGUGUUGGUUGGGGAGAUUUGGGAGGAUCGAAUGGAAUGCAGGCAGUGGGGAGCUCACCUUCCUCAUGUUGCAGGCAUUGCCGGCCAGACAGACUAUGGGGCCCAGUCUGUGGCACUCUCUGGGGGCUAUGAAGAUGACGAAGACCAUGGUGAAUGGUUUGUCUACACAGGAAGUGGUGGAAGAGACCUUAGUGGGAACAAAAGGACAAACAAAACACAAUCAUUCGAUCAGAAGUUUGACAAACUUAAUGAGGCCUUACGAGUCAGUUGCCGGAUUGGCUAUCCUGUCCGAGUCGUGAGGUCCCAUAAAGAGAAACGCUCUUCUUAUGCACCCGAAACUGGCGUAAGAUAUGAUGGGAUCUACAGGAUUGAGAAAUGUUGGCGCAAAGUUGGAAUUCAAGGAUUUAAGGUAUGCAGAUAUCUUUUUGUCCGAUGUGAUAAUGACCCUGCCCCAUGGACAAGAUAUCUUUUUGUCCGAUGUGAUAAUGACCCUGCCCCAUGGACAAGUGAUGAUCAUGGGGACCUUCCAAGGCCUUUGCCCAUAAUUAAGGAGUUGACGAAUGCAACUGACAUUACAGAAAGAAAGGGAAACCCUUCCUGGGAUUAUGAUGUGGAAAAAGGUUGCUGGAUGUGGAAAAAAUCUCCACCAUUAAGUAGAAAACAAAUGGACAGGGAAUAUAAAGAGGACGGAAAUAGCACAAGGAAAGUUAGACGCCAAGCACAUACGUCUGUAAGAGAAAAGCUUUUGAAAGAGUUUAGCUGCCUUCUCUGCCGCAAAGUGAUGAAUCUCCCAAUUACUACUCCCUGCGCUCAUAAUUUCUGCAAGGCUUGUUUGGAGGGUGUUUUUGUUGGUCAAUCUACAAUAAGACGGAGGACGAGUGAAGGUGGACGAACAUUACGAGCGCAGAAGAAUAUUAUGAGAUGCCCAUCUUGCUCCAAUGACAUAACUGAUUUCCUUCAGAAUCCACAGGUCAACAGAGAGUUGAUGAAAGUGAUAGAAUCGCUCCAGUCUCAGACCAAAGAGGAGGAAGAUGUGGAGUCUUGUGACGAAAUUGAUGGCAAAGAUGGGACAAAUGUGCAUCAUGGUGAAGAAACUGAGGGCAAUGAUGGAAAAUCUGAUGCAGUUGCUGCUGGAGAUAAAGAGAACUGCAAUAUAAAUUCUGAAAUUCCAGAUACUGUGGAGGAAGACAAGGAAGGCAUAAUAGGCAUUAUGAAACCUUAAGAUAAAGUCAAAUUUUAGCAGACAUAUGAGCAAAAUAAUGCAAAGUGGUGUCACCCAAAAAGAUGAAGCCAGAGUCUGCAGAUGUUUGUAUUUGAAUUAACCCUAUCAAAUCUGAAAUUUCUGACAGAGGAUAGAAUCACAAAAGACUGCUGUUGGUGACAAAAGGGAAGAGAACUUACAAGCAGAAAAAGGCUUGUCAUGGCAUCUGCAUAUUAACUCUGGAUACUUGUGUGAAAUACCAGAAGCAAAAGAGCCGCUACAUCAGUGGGGGAUGAUGAUGAAUUCAAACUAUUGAUUUCUGUUCAGUUAUUGUACCAGUCUUUUGUGGUCUUCCUGUAGUUUUUUGAAAAAGAGGACAAGGGUGGUUUUACGUGCUCUUCUGGCAUGUUGCAUGCUCGUCAUUGUAUGUUCUAUUUGGAGAGAUGUUUUUUCUUUUGGUGUUGCGUCUGUGUAAUCUCCAGAAAGGGGCUGGUAUUCUGUAUUGUUCUUCUGUGAUGGCUUUGGAGUUGGGAUGAAAUGAAUUAUAUCUCAUGGAAUGGUUAACUAUUACUUAAACUAUGUAAUAUUGCUGCUUUAGUGGGUGCAACUUACCAAGUUUAGUGAUGCUAAAACCAUAAAAUGUACUGCUUGAACGGUGAAUUUGAAAAGAGCUG